AUGUCUGUUGUUGAAAGAGAAAGAUGGUCAUUAGAAGUUGACAAAGCUGUUGAACUUGUUAAGGCCAACUCUCAUGAAGGAAUUGUACCAAGCCAAUACAGUAAAAAGUUAAGUGAUUCUGUAUUGCAUUUAGUAUUAUCAACAAUUGACUUAGUAAAGGUUUUAGGAAAAGAUGGAAGUGAAGAUAUAAUCACAAAAACUUUAGACACAUUUAGAUCAUUGUUAUCAGUAGUUAAUUUAAAUGCAAAUAACUCAACAUAUUCUGUCAUUGCUUCAGCAUUUCACUUAUUCAAUUAUCUUCAUAUUUUUAGUCAAAUGGAUGACUUUCUUUCUUCAGCGCAACACCUUAUUAAAGAAGAUACAACUCGUAGUAUGUAUUGUAUGUACCAUUACUAUGCUGGAAUGACAAUGCUCAUCAAAAACAAACCAAGUGAUGCCCUUACUCAUUUAACUGAAGCAAUCAAUUAUACUCCAGUCGAUUCACCUAAUUACAGAAAAACAUUAAUUCCAUUAAUUGUCUUACAUUUAAGAAAAGGAGAAUAUCCUCCUCAACAACUUCUUUCUACUCACAAUUUAGAAGAAGAAUAUACUAAUUUAAUUCUUUCAGUUGAAAGGGGUGAUAUAGUGUUAUAUGAAAAUGAAAUAAGAAAACACGAAGCGUUCUUUAUUCAUCAUGGAUUAUUUUUAUUAGUGGAAUCUUUAAAACUUAUUGUUUAUCGAAAUCUCUUUGAUUUAGUGCAAAAAUCUUUAGGUACUAAUAAAAUUCUUUAUUCUGCUUUUCAAAAAGCUCUUAAUGUAUUUGGUAAAACUUGUUCUGAAACUGAGUUAGAAUUUAUUGUAGCUAAUAUGGUUUAUAAAGGGCUAAUGAAAUGUCAAAUCUAUCAUCAGUAUAAAGCAUUUGUUCUUCCUCCAUCAAAUGCUUUCAGUUAUUUUGAAGAUAAGUGA